CGCUGCGGGUCAGCCAGCCUUCCGCAGUGGGGGCGGGCAGGCCGGGGGAAGGGCCGGGCCCCGCCGCUGCGCUGGGCGAUGGAGUGAGGGAGCGCGGCGCGGCAGCGGGAAGAUGGCCGGUGGCGGCGGCGGCGGCUGCAGAGACAGCUCCUUUCUGGAAGCUUUGGAUAGAUCACAGUCCAAGAGAGAUGGAGGUUUUAAAAGUAAUUGGAGCUUUGAUCACGCAGAAGAAAGUGAAGGAGAUGCAGAGAAAGACGAGGCAAAUCUGCUCAGUUUAGAUGAGAGUGAUGAGCCUUUCAGUCCCAAUGAAGAAAGAAAGUCAUUUCGUUGUCGGCCUGGAACUAUUGGCACUAGCAGUGAUUCCAUAAAAGCAUUUGCAAGGCGUGGCAAAGCUGGAAGCUUCAGACUUUUUAAGGGGAAUGCAAUCGGCCUCAACAUGAUGGGAAAUAGCAAGAAACUUAGUGAAAAUGCUCAGAAUAUGUCUGGUCCUGUAACUGUGGUACAUGGCAGACGUUUUCACCAUGCGCAUGCACAGACAACAGUAGUAAAAACAGCAGCCCAAAGCAAUCUGGACCGAAAGGAAAGAAAAGAAUACCCACCUCAGCUUCAGAAAGUAGAGGCAGACCACAUUAGAUUACCACGGUCACAAGGAGCGGACAGUGGAAUGGAAAAUACAGAAGACUCAGAAUCAGAAUGUGAAAUAAAGAGAAAAGUGCGACAGAAAAGUCACUGCAAUUCAUAUCAAUCUGACUUGAGUCAAUCUUCUGCUACAAAAAAAUGCUUAACUCAGUCAAAGAUUGAUUAUUCUACUGAUUGCCCAAAUUGUGGGAGGGCAAAUGAAAAUCAGACCAAAUGCCGACAUUGUGAAAGUACUUCUCUAAAGGAUUUGCAAAGAGUCUCCAGACAAACUGUUGCAUUAAGUGAAUCUGUGGGACCUUUAUCACGUUCUUCAAUACAUCAGAAUUCAGCAGGGCAAAAAUCUUCAGGUACAGGGUUCAGCACAAAGAAGUUUUAUAGUUCUGCUGUUGGAAAAGGUCCAGCAGAUAUUCUACUGAGUAAUGAAGUUGUAGGACAUUCUAUGUUACGACACAAUGGGAAAGUUGGUCUUAUAACUGGGACAAAAAAUCCUAAAAUUACAGGAAGCUUAAGACAGAGAAGUACAAGACCGUCUGAACUAAAUGAUCCAAUUGUUUUGUCUAGUGAUGAUGAUGAGGAGGAGAAUAGUGGCAGCACUAGGAGAAUGGAAAGCAUUUCACCUCGUCCUGCAGAUUCAGCCCGCUCCUCCCCAGCUCCUUCUACAGGAAAGGUGGAAGCAGCAUUAAAGGAGAACAGUUGUGGAAUAGAACAGAGGAUAGGUAGUAUAACAACAGAUACAGAAAUUGCAGUCACACUACCAAGAAAAGCAAGAAUGAAAGAUCAGUUUGGGAACAUUCUGUCUGACACUCCAAUAAAACGUCGUAAAGUUAUUUCUCAAGAGAUGGUAACCGAGACUGUACCUCUAAAUUAUCAAAAUUCCUGUGAAAGUGUCAUUCUGAACUGUCGAAGUAUACGAAUAGGAACGCUACGAAGAAUGGUAGUGGAACCUGUGAUUUUUUGCUUGGAUUAUAUCAAAAUACGGCUAGAGAGUCAAGAAGAAUCAGAAAACGAUAUCAGAGAGAUUAACCUGAAAACUUCAGAGCUUACCAAAUGUGAAUGGUGUAGUGUCCGAAAAUUGCCAGUAGUUUUCCUACAAACAGUACCUGCAACCUGUAGUAGCCUGAGAGAUCAACUGAAAAUGAGUAAAGAUAAUGUCUGGUACGAAUGUAAAGGAGACAGUCAAGAAGAACAAUACAUAAUUUUGAUUUUUGAAACCGGUCUUGAUCCUCAUGCAAACUCAAUAUUUGAAAAAAUAAUUACUGACAUUGGUAUUAGAAAUAAUAUUUCUGACUUCUUUGUGAAAAUUUCCUUUGAAGAAGCCAAUGCCAGGCUUGUUGCAUUUACUAAGUGCUUGGAAGACAAUUCCAAAGGAAGCCCAUCUCACAGAGAAAGCAAAAUAAAAAAUGUUGCUUCUGAGUCCAAAAUGCAGCAGCGAAAUAAACAGUUACCGUUUUUUGAGGAUGAUGAAGAAAUUGGUGAACCACAUACAGUAUUUAUUGGUCCUAUAGAAAAGUUGAUAGUUUAUCCGCCUUCUCCAGCUAAAGGCGGUAUUUCUGUGACCAACGAAGACCUCCAUUGUCUAAAUGAAGGCGAAUUUUUAAAUGAUGUUAUUAUUGAUUUUUAUUUAAAGUAUUUGGUACUUGAAAAGCUAAAAAAAGAAGAUGCUGAUAGAAUACAUGUGUUCAGUUCAUUCUUCUAUAAACGCCUUAAUCAAAGAGAAAGAAGAAAUAUUCAUGAGACUUCAAACCUUUCAAUACAACAAAAGCGACAUGGGCGAGUAAGAACGUGGACACGGCAUGUUGACAUUUUUGAGAAAGAUUUCAUUUUUGUUCCCCUUAAUGAAGCAGCCCACUGGUUUUUGGCUGUUAUCUGUUUCCCUGGUUUAGAAAAACCCAAAUAUGAACCAAAUCCCCACUAUCAUGAAAAUGCUGCAAUGCCGAUGAAAUCUUCCUCUUCAGAUGGAGAGAGUAACGCACCAUCUCCUUUGCCAAAUGAAUUAGAUGCACAAAACUCGCCUUCCAAGUCCACAGCAAAGAAAACAUUGACCAAAAAGUACAAUACAGCUUUAAUUGACCCAAACAGUGAAACAGAGGACAGCGAGUCUUCAUGUUGUAGACGAAGUCCUUGUAGGGGGAAAAGUGCUUUCAAAAAACUGACUCAAACAGACAGUGAUGUGGAAGAACCUAACACUGUGGAAUCAGCAUGCCAUAAACUAGACCAUAGAACUAUGGAUAAAAAUGGUAUACAGGGUGAAUUCACAGCUGCUAGCCAAUCUAUGGAUGGAUUGCACAAAAUCAGACUAAACUAUAGUGAAGACUCAGCUGAUGGCAGUAAACUAAAUGAAGAUGAGCUUAUAGAUUUUUCUGAAGACCAAGAUAACCAGGAAGACAGUAGUGAUGAUGGUGGCCUUGUAGAUGAUAACUGUAAUUCAGAAAUGGGACAAUGGUACCUGAAGCCAACUAUCUGCAAACAGCCCUGCAUUUUGCUUAUGGACUCACUGAGAGGCCCUUCACGGUCAAACGUUGUGAAAACACUAAGGGAAUAUUUAGAGGUGGAAUGGGAAGUCAGGAAAGGCAGUAAAAGAAGCUUUUCCAAAGAUGUCAUGAAAGGUUCCAACCCAAAAGUGCCACAACAGAACAACUUCAGUGAUUGUGGAGUGUACAUACUGCAGUAUGUGGAGAGUUUUUUUGAGAACCCCAUUUUGAGUUUUGAGCUACCAAUGAACUUAACAGACUGGUUUCCACGCCCAAGAAUGAAAACAAAAAGAGAAGAAAUACGAAAAUUAAUCCUGAAGCUCCAGGAACAGCAGAACAAGGAAAAGAAGGGACAAAGAGAUCCAAGUUCAAUUUUGCAGGAAAAGACAGAACAACUUACCAACAGCAGCUCAGACUGAAUGUUGCAUGUUAGUUCCACAAUCAAAACUGAAAUCUACAUUUUUGUCUGCCCAGACUAAAGAUUUGGCAUAUUCUCUGCUCAAAAUUACUUGGGAAUGUUUAAUGCCUGUAUAAAUGUGUGUCAUAAAAUGGUUUAAUUCCCACAAAGAUGUGUAUUAAGUAAGUGAGUCUGUACAUAUGUUAAUGAGGCCAACUUUUUCAGCAUUUGUAAUUACUUUUUUUCCACUUGAUAGGGAGCUUUUGUUAUAUGUAUUUCUGUUAAUAGAAGUUAAAUAGCAAAUUCUAAACAUAAAGCAAAUAAAGAAAAUAUAGGAUAAAAUGGUUACCUUUUUCUUUUUCAGUAACGUUGUAAUGUUACAGGCUUAAGUAACACAUAGGGAAUGAUUUGGUAGUGAGAUAAUUAAUUCAUAUUUUGACCCUAUUUAAUUGCCCUUUACAAGAUUAUUCUGCUUGCGCUACAGACAAUAAUAUGGGUAAGUGUUUCAAUGUACCAUGGCCUCAGAGAGGGUGAUUCCCAUCCUCCCCAUGUCUAAGUGUAGGCAGUGUCAUAGUUCAUAGGACUGCUUCAGAUUUAGGGUUUUAAAAGAUAUGCAUUGCAGUUACAAUUCAACCCUUGCUUUAGUGGGAUGGGCUAGGAAAAGGGAGAGAAUGCUCUUUGACCAGAGGUGACUCUUUAAACAGUAUUAUAAAAGUGGUUUCAAUGAAGUGAUCUUGAGUGAUUCUAUUAAAUCAUAUUUUGUGGAUCCCAGUUGUUGUACAGGUGUAUUUUGAGACUUUCUUCAUUAUAAAAUUGUAUUUUGGUAAGUGUACUUGGAAUAGCAGAUUGCCCAUAUUACAUUUUCUAUGUUACAAUUCUGAAUGUUACAUUCAUACGUGCUUUAUCUAAGUAAUGAACAUUUAAAAAGAAAAAAA